AAGUUCCUGACGCUUAAACGCGAUUUGUCACCAAAUUAUGCCACAUCCACUCGUGUCUAUGUCGGCAGAGGAAUAGAAAACAAGCGCCACACCUCCUAGCUUUGAGAAGGAGAAGAAAAAGAAGCUGAGAGCAAUAGUUUGACAAAACGAUGCGAAGGUUUUGACCUCACUGGAGCUGGUCUGACUGAAGGGUUUUGGACUGAAAAGAUGCGAUCAAGUGUGGAAGUACCACCAGGUGCCCAUGGCAGAGGAGGCACCGGCAACAACAACAUCAGCAGUGAAAACAAUGGAAACUCAGGUUCCCAGUAUGCACUUUGUGCUCUCGGGGUUGGCCUUGUGGCCCUCGGAAUUGUGAUGAUUGUAUGGAGCGUGGUACCUGCAGACGCGGCCGGUAAUAGCAGCAGCAGUUCAGAAGAAGACGGUACUAGUGGCAGGAAACAUAAAGCUUCGUCCGUGGCCUUUGUCCUGGUGGGGUCUGGGGUUGUCAUGCUGCUGCUCUCCUUGUGUCUGGGAAUGAGGAACAAACAGCGGGAGCAGCAGAGGCUCCAGGAGGCCCAGAACAACGGAGGAGUGGCAGCCAGGGAGCAGGAGGAAAGAGAAACUGCUGAGGAACAAGCCCAGCGGUUUGCUGUACCCAGCUAUGAAGAGGCAGUAGGCAGCAACCAGUACCCUGUCCGUCAGAGCAACCCUCGGCCCAGCACCUCCCAGCUACCUUCCUACGACGACCUUGUCAAAGUGGAUGGUGUACAGUACGAGUUUGAGGGGUCAGAGAUUAACACUACCGUAUCGACGCCUGCUCCAGCCUCCGGUGCUCCCACAGCUGUUGCUUCCACAUCGAAUCGCAGAGCUGGGAAAAACAGCCGCAAGCUCCUCCCUAUCAAGAUCCGCAGGAUUAAAUCAGAGAAGCUGCACAUGAAAAACGUUGAUAACUCUCAGCCGGCGUCUGGAUUCAGUAUAGAACCUCUAACCCCUCCGCCGCAGUAUGAGGAUAAAGUGCCUCCACUUUAAGAUCAAGAUGAUCAUGUUGAAAACAAUCUACUGAAUUUCCUGGAAUCCUCCACGAUCACCUUUUGUGGAUCUGGAUCAGAAUUUUUUUAAACCAAGACAUGAAGAUGGCUCUUCUUGCAGAACAUCAGUGGCACUUUUUUAUGAAAUACAUCUGUUCUCUGUCAUUAUUUGUGCCACAUCAGAACAGAGAAACCUUUACUCUUUUCUCCAAGUUUUGCAUCUCUGAAGUGUAUACAGACAAGUAGUGACGGACAUAGUUUCUGGGUCCUCUCCUCACUGUGACAGAUUCUGUGGCGCGCGGGAUUGAAAGCACACACCAAAUGCAGUUUUCCUUGAUGUCAGGUUGUUUUCUGUUUAUGCAUCAUCUUUAUGUAACGACCUCCACCGUGCACUGACUGCAGAAAUGAGUUGACAAAGAAAGAGAUUGCCGAACAUUAAAAAGCGGGUUUGUGUGCACUCUGAAAUAGAUAUGUGCAGGACACUCUUUUUGGAACGUAGCUGCUGUUUGGGCAGUGCUUCACCUUGGGAGGUUUUGGAUUACCACUGCCAGUGGUUUACCAAAUGUCCGCUCCAUGUGUUCAGCCUGCUUGACCUGAUGGUAUGCUACACAGAAACUCUCCCUCAUUGUCAACAGUAUUGUGUCUCCUGGUCCGCUAGAAUAUGAAAGACAAUAUUGACAAUAGCGUUGGUGUAAGAGAGACUUUUCCGUGGUUUAAACAGAGCCAGAGCCCCUCCCCGCCUCCAUAUAAGCUUCUGUUGAACUAGCUUUUGGUUCAGAGGGGUUUUUUUUAUCUGUCUCCCUGAAAAGCUGAAUGAAAGCUAUAAAAUAAAGCUUUGCCAACAUUUAUCAGCCACAGCUCCCAUGAAUCUUAGCCGUAGGGAUUUUUCCAUAACCUAAUGGGAAUUGUAAUUGUUGAAUUCUAACAAAAUAGUUUGAUCUUAGUUAGUUAGAUUGAGUUUUAUGUUUCUCCUUGGAAAGACAAAACGCUGUAUCCUACAACCUAGAUUCCAAAGAAGUUGGGACGCUGAGUAAAACAGAAUGUAUGAAAUUCAGAGUGUAUGCCUUCAAACUAUCAAUUUGAUAAUCAACCUCUUAAAAUAUACCUGCCCAUGUAGGUGUAGGGGUAGGGGGUAGGUUUAGCAUUAGACCAGCAAAACAUUUGAGCCAAAGCUUAGAACAGAAGAACUGUGAGGCUAAAUGCAUUUUUCUUCUCAUUUCUGCAUUUGUGCUUGUUUAGCAUAUGGCUGAAACAUAAAAGCCUUACCUCUACCCUUACACACAGGUAGGUUUUAAGAGGUUAAAUAUAUUUUCAGUACAGUUUUCAAUUUAAUGUAUUUCAUAAAGGAUUAGUUUUAUUUACAUUUUGGACAACAUGUUCACCACGUCAGAGUGAACUGGACUUCUGGAAUGCCAUUUAAGUCAAGAUUAAAUUGAUAAAUAAAUAUGUAUCCAAGUAUUGUAAAAUAAAUCCUGAAAUGAUGAAAUGAGGCAAUGAAUACAUACCGAAAUAUAAUUAUAAAUAUAUGAGUAAUGAGUAAAUAAAUGAGUCAACAUAGUUAAAUAAACAGUUAGAUCCAACGCUGGCCAGAAUAAAAAAAUAAAAUUAAUAAAUGAUCAUAAAAAAUAUAUGUGACAUUAGGGAACAAAAGUACCCUGAUAUAAAUAUAAGUCAUCUUUAAAAAACAUCCUUUUUUAAAUAAAAAAUAUAUUUAUUUAACUGUAUUGGCUCAUUUAUAUAUUUGUAUUUGUUAAUAUAUAUAGUGACUAUUUUUAUUUUAUUUCAGAGUACAUUUCAUAUAUUUGUUUUUAAAGGUGUUUAUUUAUGUAUUUAUUUACUAUUGACUUAAAUGAAAAUCCAUAUUGAAAAUGGGGUGGAACUCCAACUAAUCAUGAUUUUAAGGUUGUGGAUGUUUCUUCACUAAGCAGGACAUUACCCAAAAUCACUAAACCCCGCUGCAAUAAAUACUCCCUGAAAUAAAGGGCACAAAGACGCUUAAACAAACUCACAGCUCUGAUAUGCAGGCAAUCUUAUCAAUCUGACAUGGCUAACAAGCGAGCAAACAGCUGUCCAACUCCAGAAUAAGGCUGCUGCUUUGUCCAGGGUGAGAGACUCAACCACACGGUAUGCAAAAACUAAACACUGAGCUUUAGAGAUGGUUGUUAAGAGUGUAAACUAGUUGGAAGAAAAUGUGAGGAGAUCUGUGGUGGAUUUAUAGCUGAGAUGUAUAUUUACACUUACUAGUGGUGCAAAAGUGGUCACUGCCUGAUCCUUACUGGAAACCUGAUCCGUUCUACUAGAUGGUCAAUGUCAGACAAUGACCCUGACUGUUUAGAGUCAGAACAGGCGUGUGCAGAACAGAUCGGGCAGAAACAGUCAUCACAAGGUCAAGAUAAAUUACUUCAGGGAAGAAACCGUUUUCCAGGAAGCUGACAGUCUCAUCUCAUGGAGUCUUUCAGUAGAGCUAAUGCUAACUGACUGCAAAACUAAGUUAAGUGCCUUAUAACAACACUGCUGCCCUUCCUCAAACAUUUCAACAGACUGAAUAUGACUGAACUUGAGCUCUAAUGUUGUUUCUCUAACGCAGUGUUGCUUUAAAAUUUACAAAUGGCGUGUAGAAGAGGAAGAGCAUAAUGGACGGAGCUUGUGAAUAGCUGAACGCCUUUUACCCGUAGCCAUGGUGAACACUGUGGAGCAGUGUAGUCUCUGCUUCUCUCCGGGCUUGUUUUUGCUCGUAGAUGACCAACAGAAAGACUCUUUGACUUUGCAGCUGCGCGUAACAACAGCAACUAUUGCUCACUCCCUUGCUCAUCAUCAUUCCUCCAGCCACAGCUUGACUCGCGGCCCUGUUUUCACUUAGAAGUAUGCAGAGAAUGAGCGGAACAGUUAGAAAAAGCAGAUGUUCAGUUCAGGGAACUGGUAUGAGAGCCAUGGGUGCCAAUGUGCACUAUUUUAUCAAAAAAACUCUCCUUUCUUCUUCAGGUUAGACUUGUUUUGAUAUAAACAGCUGAAGCCAAAUGAAAGGAUUUACCACUCAAACAAUUGUCAAUUGUCACUUUAGAAAUUUUAUCAAACUGCACAGCAAAUGUUUUUUUCUCUUUUGUUUUAUGGGACAAAAGACAGUUUUUUAUUAGUGACUUAAUCACCCAGUUCAACACUGUUUGAGUAUAACUCAAUUUAAUUAAAGCAAAAAAAGAUUACUCAAUUGCUGUCAUGUAUUGCCAGAUUUUGUCAAGCAAAAGGUCAUUGAGAAAAUUAGCAUUUCAUGUUCUUCAUUUCUCUGAGUUGUUGUCAAAGGAGAAACUUGCCACACAGUGUAUUAACUCUUUCUUUUUGUCAUGUUUAGUACUGCAGACUUAGUCACCGUACCUCAUUUGCAAAGGACCAGUUAACUACAUGAUUGAUUUUUAUUUCUUUGUAGUCAGAAUGUUUUACAUUGAUGAAAUUAGUGUUUUGAUCGAGCUGUCACUUUCUGUUUUACUUAGAUGAGUGUCUGAAACACAUGCUGUUUGUUCAUUUAUAAUUGCUUUUUUACGACCUAAAUCUAUAUGUCUUUUAUAUGUACUGUGAAAAUGUGCUUUUCUAUGAUAAUUCUAAUGUUUGUGUAAAAUUUUG